UUGUCGAUAUACAACACAAUAUUGUUACUUACAAAAAAAUGUAAUUUUGCUAUAAAAAAGGUGGAAAUUGCAAUAACUUUGCAAUAACAACUUGAGAAGGAGCAAAGGACUAAAUUACCAGAAACGAUUUUAAAUGUUUCUUGGUCUCAAAAUGGGGAUCAGACAGUGGAAACAGUUAAGAAUGUUUUAUAUAGCAGCAAUUCUAUUGAAUGUCAUUGUCUACGCUUCAUCAAGAAAAAAGCCCCAUAUUGUCAUAAUACUUGCGGAUGAUCUGGGUUGGGACGACGUCAGCUUUCAUGGAUCGCCCCAGAUCCCAACUCCCUACAUCGACCAUCUGGCUAACAAUGGUGUCAUACUGAACAACUACUACGUYUCUCCCAUGUGUACCCCCUCUAGGGCAUCGAUUAUGACGGGCAAAUACCCAAUACAUUUAGGUAUGCAGCACUUUGUGAUAUAUGCAGCACAGCCGUAUGGAAUACCGCUKGAYGARAUCACUCUACCGCAGUAUCUAAAAACACAGGGAUACCGCACAGCGGGUGUUGGCAAGUGGCAUCUAGGAUUUUUUACCAAGGAAUAUACUCCCGUAUACCGGGGAUUUGACUCGUUCUACGGCUUUUGGAAUGCGAAGACUGAUUACUGGAACCAUACAUCAUACGAGAAUAAUUUCUGGGGUAUAGACAUGAGAAAUAAUAUGGAGCCAGUAGCCACCGACAGCGGUGUAUACGGUACCGAGUUAUUCACAAGAGAAGCUGUUAACGUUAUCCAUAAUCAUGAUGUWAAUCAACCUCUCUUCUUGUACUUGGCACACCAAGCAGCUCAUUCWGCCAAUCCCAACCAACCUUUACAAGCGCCACAAGACAAAAUCAACAGAUUCACAGAUAGCAUUCAGCAACACCAGCGCCGAGUGUAUGCUGGGAUGGUGACRUCACUGGAUCAAUCUGUUGGUGAUAUUUUUACUGCUUUGAUGAAAAAACGUAUGCUGCGGGAUACUGUGAUCAUCUUCUCUACUGAUAAUGGUGGUGCCCCACAUGGAUUCAACUGGAAUAUGGGUUCSAAUUAYCCUCUCCGAGGCGGUAAAGACAUGAUGUGGGARGGAGGUGUMAAGGGAACAGCUUUUGUCUAUAGUGACCUUAUUGAGCAAAAAGGGCGUGUCAGCCAUGAUUUGAUCGACAUUACCGACUGGGUACCUACUAUAUAUCACCUUGCUGGAGGGAGUGCUGACCUGCUUCACCCUCACAUGGACGGCAAGAAUGUAUGGGACACCAUUUCUAGUGGAGCACCAUCACCAAGAGACGAGAUAUUGCACAAUAUCGACCCAUGGCGUAAGUUYGAGGCUUUACGAAAGGGUCGUUAUAAGCUAGUUGUGGGUAUGGACGACAGCUAUCAAGUCGGGUGGCAUCCAAGAUACAAAGGCACGCCACUAGACAAUCUACCUCAGCCAAAAACACUCCCAAACGCUGUCAUAAAGUGUGGCCAUUGGGACAAAAGCAAAAUGUGUGAUUCAAGCGAUGGGAAGGCAUGCUUAUUCGACAUAGAAAAUGAUCCCUGCGAAUAUCACGAUAUAUCAAACGAAUUUCCCGAAGUCGUUCAACAGUUAAAGGAUCGUCUCGACCACUAUCGUAGCACAGCACGUCCGGUCUGGUACCCAAACAUAGACAAYAAUGCUAAUCCWGSCAAAUUCGGAGGUUUUUGGGGCCCAUGGAGAGAGCUUAAAGACAACAGUAGUGUWSUAAAUACGUGGGAAGCUGUUUGGAGACUUCAGGAUGUGGAAAAACAGAUCCGUUCAGAUAAUAAAGCCUCUUUUAGAAAGAACGAAAGAGUUAGGGCGCAUGCCAAACCUGGCGCCAAYGGAGCGAUUGAUUUAGCAUUCCAAAGGAAGCCCAAUCAUGAGGAUAUUUUAGAGGAAGAACCGCUGACAGAAGAAGCGACUGAGGACGAGAUUGUGAAACCGCUGACCUGGGCUCCUAACAAACCUGUUAAGAUUAUGUACAGUUUGAAACCUAAAAACAGAGUCGACCGAUAUUAUUAUCACAAAUUCGACUAAUGCACACUGAAUAUGAUGACAAAGACACUUUACUGGACACUUGUCGUUGAUGUCAGAUAAACGAAGAAAGAUGGAAAUAGUCUCAUUCAAGUCACACGACCAGUGAGCUUGUAUCAACAGAUAUCGGAGUGAAUAGAGCGGAUUUCGUAUGAGUGGGACACCGUUACCGCACGGUUACCGCACAGUUACCGGACCUGGCCUGCACAAUUUUGUUGAACCAAUGGGGCACUAGAAUUUGGUUACAGUACGAUUACGGUCACAGUACAGUACCGUCCGUUUCCCACUCAUACGAAAUCCGCUCUAAUUUUCAUAAAUGAAAAGAUYUAUAUCCAUCAUUCUUACAAGCUCACUAGAGCAGUUUCCUUUAGAUAAAAAGAAAACAUGUUUAUACUAUUUUGAAGAUGGCGCAGUGAACACUAAAGGCCGGAGACUAAAAUUUUUAGUUGACUGCAAUUGGUCAAUUUGAAAACAAACUUAAAUAUAAUCAAAAUUUUUAAAACAAAAUUUGAAUAAAAAUGUACAUGCCGAAAAGUGUCCGCAAAAGGAUACAAUUAAUGAUAAUUAUCAUUGAAACCAUCUAAUUAAAAUACAUCCAUUUGUCCAUUGUCGAYCAGUAAGUCCCAUGGUCUUGUAAGGGUCCCAUUUUGCGAACUUGAUUGACCAUUACGCCACCUGCUUAACUUCACUAAUUGACUAAAAUCUCUUGAGAAUGUCCUUUGUUUUUGAUUAAGAUAGCAAUUCCACUGACUAAGAUGAUGGUAUGGAUUUAUUUAGCUGUUUAAGGUAAAGUUUAAUAUUUAUUUCCUGAUUAUUAUGGUAUAUUUGAUGAUGAAAGUAACAUGUCCCAUUCAGUAAGUUUGAAUGUUUGCGCCAGUGAAUUUAAGCGUGAUAGAUUUUAAACAAAACAAAUAGGUWCGGAAACAUUGAAAUA